AUGGCGAAAGGCUCCAUUCUGGUAACCGGCGCCAACGGUGGCCUAGGCUCGGCCGUCGUUGAACGAAUUGUUCGCGAUCCGUCUUUGGCACAGGAUUAUCAUGGUCUUUACACAGUACGCAAGGUUGAGACUGCUGACGAUGCCAAGGCAGCACUGAGAGGCGCCAGCAAAGCAAAACACCAAUACGACCUUGUUCCUCUAGACCUAUCAAGUCUUGAUAGCACGCGCAAGGCAGCUGCAGACAUCAAUGAGAAGAUAGCUAGUGGCAAAGUACCACCUAUUCGAGCUCUCGUUUUAGCAGCAGCAUACCAAGAGCACACCACGCAUAACUUCACCAAUGACGGUUUUGACAUGACUUUCCAAGCUAGUUACCUUUCCCACUUCCUCUUGACUCUGUUAUUACUCCAGAGUAUGGACAAGGAGAAGGGCCGAAUAGUCGUGAUAGGUAGCUGGACACAUGAAGUUCCUGACCAAUCUGUCACUAGUACUACCGAUGCAAGGAACAAUAUAGGUCCUUAUGGCGAUAUGUAUGUGCCUAAGGAGUUCCACCAGAUCUUCACCGACCCCGAGGGUAACACUGAGCCGAUUGCCAAGGGGAAAUGGGGAGCUCGGGAAGGUCGCACAGAUAAUCCUUGGUCUGGCAUGAGGCGGUAUGGAGCUUCGAAAUUGUGCGAAGUUAUGAUGAUGCGCGAACUUGCCCGGCGGUUCCCUUCUGAUCCUACGCUCUCGCACGUCUCAGCUCUAGGCGUUGAUCCAGCAGCGAUGAUCAGUGGUUUGACGCGGCGUAGCAACUGGCUUCUACGCGUUCUCAUGCUUAAACUCAUAGGGAAUCUGCUAGCGCCCUUAUUGACAUGGCUAUCACCGAAUGGUGACCUGCGCACGACCUGGAAAUCCGCCGGUGACGUUAUUCGCGCGUCUUUCGCCGUAGAUGCGGAUGCACAUGGAACUCUCGGAGAACGGCCUAAUGGACUCUAUCUGAACGGUACGGCCGUCGCGGACAUUGGUCCCGAGGCCAAGGACGAAGCAAAAUGCCGCCGACUAUGGCGUGAUAGUCUCGAAUACGCGGGCGUCAAAGAAGGUGAUACUAUACUGGCAGACUGGAAAUGA